ACGUGCCAGUGUCAUAUGACAGUAAACUGGUCAGGCGCCCAGAGUGCCUUCUGCUCGAGCCGAACUAAUCACUCUGAACGGUGCAUCGUGACAGAAAUCAUGUUGGGGUCUCGUUUUAUUGUGGCCCUUGGGCUUCUGAUUUCAUUGCAAAUUGUAACAACACUUGCUGGCGACACAGUACCUGUACUUUUGUGGGGAGGUGAAGCCACUAGCUCACCGUUAUCUGCCGCGAAUCCGCUCCUCAAGACAUCUCCGGUUGAAUUCGAAGGAAUCUUGGCUGAGAAGGUGGGCGGAUCCCAACCACCCGUACUUCUCUUUGUCAGGGAUAAUCUCUGUGUCGAGGAUUUGAGCCAUCACAAGAACGCCUUCUUGGACUUGAAUAAUGGUGGUUCCCUGACAUACUUGCCUGCAGUUGAUAGACCUCUAUCUGUGUUUGAGAAUAUACCAGCUUAUAAUCAAACUAGUGAUGAUACUCCUGAAUUUAUUUCUGAUGGACAACUUGUAACUGUCUCAAUUACCAACCUGGAUACUAUUCCUGAAAUUUACAAGACAGUGCAAGAAUCUAGUCCUAACUUGCUCAUAGGCCUAACAGGCCGCUCUUGCAGUUACAGCCGUUCCGAACGUACUAGAAGAGAAGUGAUGGCCCAAAAUGAUACUUAUUUCUUGGUCACAUCAGAUCGAGUCCUUUUAUAUUCAUCUGUUGCACCUCAACUCAAGGUUUCAGGAGUUGAAACGUAUGUCAGUCUUCCAACUCCAACGAGUGUCUCAAAUGAUGGAAAUAGUACCACAAAUUCUGUGCAAUUAAAUAUGGUCUUUGAUAUUACCAUCGGUAACAUCACAGAAGUUACACUUCGCUUCCUGUUCACAGUUGAAACAGCAGGCUACUACACGCUGAAAACAGUCGAGUACGAACCUACAGGCAUGAGCGCUACUCUCCUUUAUUCCAAUACGGAAAUUGUUUUCCCUUUUAACUUUUCAUACCACUGCUCACAAAAAACUGAAUUCAACAGUACCUCAGUACGUUUAAACAUAACUAAUAUUCAAGUGCAAGUUGAUGCGACAUCAUUUAAUGAUGCGUAUGAUUGUGUCGGUUUUACAACAAUUCCCAUUUGGAUGGGACUAUUUGUUACUGCCAUCAUGGCUAUGAUCUUGAUCUGGGGACUAACAAUGGUGAUGGAUAUUCGUACAAUGGACCGGUUUGACGAUCCUAAGGGUAAGACCAUUACCAUUUCUGCGUCAGAGUAAAGGUCGGUACUAUAGUAAAUAUACCAUUUUAUGUAAAUAUACACUCAAAUAUUUAAGUGCUGUAUACUUUGAAGCUACAAAAUAUGAAAAGUAAAAAGACGUGUUCUGUUGAUAUUAGUAACGUUCUGCACUCUAUUGCAUACACCUUUCGAAGGAUACUGUAUAAGACCGAUGCAACAUCUAUAUAGUAUUCAUAACUUUGUUAUUCGAUACAUCAAUAUAAAUCAGCAACAUAGUAUAAUGCAAGUCAGGUGGUGGUUUUCAGCGUCUAUAUAAUUAUUUUAUUUUCAUUGAUACUUGAUAUAGCUGAAACAUCUUUGCUUCAUUCCAUUCUCGUGUAUGAUACCACUAUUUUCUAUAUUCAUAUCGUUAAUAUGAGUUACAUACGUGAUCUUGAUCAUAGUUUUAUCAUGUUUUUUCAUAACUAUAAUAUAAUCUAUUACGUGAUGAACUAGUUGGCAUACAAGUUCUUAUUGGUAGAAUGCAUCGAUACACAUGUGGAAAGCGUAUAGGAACCAGUCAUAAUACAAGAUGAAGCGCGAGUGUCAGAUUGCACGAACCAAGAAUCAUAGAAAUUUCAUUCUUUCAUUUUAUUUACAUCAUUAUUACUUGAGUAGGUUUAACACAUUGUUGUCUAAACAACUUUAGUAUACAGUCUUUGAAAAAUGUGGAAACUGUGCAUUCGUUGUCAAAUAUUGUACCGAUUGCGAGUACAUGUCGUGGAUGCAAUGUAUUACAAUAUACUCCUUGUAUAAAGUAUA